UUUACAAUAUUGUAAUAGCUCUGCUUAUGCCAAUGUGGUAGAAAUAUGCAAUUCCAGUUUAGUUAAUAUCAAGUCGUACAUCGAAAUGCAGCUAGAAUACGGUUUGAUUUGUGUGCUUCUCGCCAUCAGAGUUGUGCAAUCAGACAGCUUGCAGGAUUCCAAAUGCGGCUACUUAAACGAGGCUCAGCUUAUAAUACAGCAUGACUUUGCCAUACCUACGGAACAUCAGUGGUUGGCGCUCAUUACGUACAUAAUUGGAGAAAAGAGCAAGCUGCCAUCGAGUGGCUGUGUUGGGGCUCUAAUAUCUAAACGAAAUGUGCUGGCGCCCGCGCACUGUUUUCUGCUGUACGAUGGGCAAGCCUCGGCCUACUCUGUGCUGUUGGGCGUAUGGAAUAGGAGCACCAGUUUGGAUGAUGUCAGCUGCGAUAGGAAUGGCUUUUGCGUCCUGCCUGCCCAGAACAUUCCUCUGGACGAGAUCGCCAUACAUCCCGAAUACGAUCCACUAACUCUGAAGCAUAGUCUAGCGGUGCUUACACUGCGGCGCGAUGCGCAGCUGACCCCAAAUGUAAUCCCUAUUUGCAUGCCGCCACCCUCGAAGCUCAAUGAUACGCUGGUGGGACAGUUGUUCGUUGCUGCAGGCAUGCCCAUUAAGGAUCCUUUCAAGCAUAAGACCUGGGUACAUACGCUCAGUAGACCACAUUGCCAGAGAGAGUAUGGCUCACUGGUUACCAGCAGCGCCAUCAUCUGCGGCUAUCAGGAAACAAAUAACAUAUACGAACAAGGUGCUCCACUGGUGGGCAUACAUGUGAAUAAGGAUACACCGCGAAACUUUUACUUGGUUGGCCUGCAAAUCGACACCAAAGAACAUAACGAUGCAGAGCGCGAUGUGGUUGCCAGUUUUUUGGAUGUGCGCCCCUAUCUAAAUUUCAUUAAUCGUAAUGCCGACUUCUUAAUUGUGAGGGACUGAACAGUGCAGAAAAUAAAGCAGGCAAAAUCUGCCAACAGGUCGGCCGUGUUAAUUAUUCAGUUACCUCACUCUGCUAGCCUCCUUACAACC